GCCAAAAGGUUUUCGCCUCGAUAAUGCGACAAUUAAAGCCUCAUGAGCAGAAGCUGCUCCGUAAGGUGAACUUGUAUCAGUGGAAGAGAGAUGAUAACAACGUCCGCGAGGCAAAGAUCAUCCGGAAAUAUGGCAUCCAAGACAGAGAGGAUUACACAAGAUACAAUAAGCUGUCGGGAUUGGUCACGAAAGUUGUAGCGCAGUUGAGGAAACUGCCUGCUAGCGAUGAGGAACGUAUCAAGAUGACCGAGGUCCUUCUUGAUAAACUAUACACCAUGGGAGUAAUUCCCACCGCGUCGUCGCUGGACAAGUGCGUUGAGCUCUCAGCCUCGUCUUUCGCUCGGAGGCGGCUCUCAGUUGUUGUAACGCGGAAUCACUUUACUGAGCAAGUCUCGCAGGCUAACCGCUACAUCGAACAAGGGCAUAUCUCUAUCGGCCCCGAUGUCGUUAGUGACCCAGCAAUGCAUGUCACAAGGGAGAUGGAGGACUGCCUUCAGUGGAGCCAAGGGUCUAAGGUCAAACGUAACGUCAUGGAGUUCAAUGAGGAGCUCGAUGACUUUGAGCUUAUGGGUUGACGGCUCAUUACGUUUCUUCAUACUACGUCCUCU